AUGUACAUGCAGCGCGCAGCGUGGUCAACUGUACAGCAGCGCUGUACACCCGACCUUGUGUACACUGCACACUUUCCCUCAGACGUGUACGCCGUCUCAAAAACUCAAAAAGACUCGACAUUUUUGGCUGAAACCGUCGCAAACGGCCAUUGUGCACAUCCUCCUCACCCAUUCUCAAUUGUCCCUCCAGCUCGAGAGAUCCGGAUAGGCACGCUGGUUGACGGUGAAAAUUUUACCACAAUCAUCAACAAGAAGCAUGAAAAUGUCAAGUAUUGCCUGGUGACCAGAGAUGCGAAAAUGCCUGUCUUCUGUCCACCUCGUCAGUUUAUCCCCAACAUCUGCCAUCAACUACGCGAAGCUAAAGUAACAGGAAUGCCAUGUAGUGCUUUGAGUGGUGCCAACAUCGCCAAUGAGGGUAUAAAUAUUUAUUUAAUGAGAAGUUUGCAAAAAUUAAUCCACACCCCUCAAUUUCACGUACAGAUCAUUGAGGAUCGUGCUGGAGUGUCGCCGUCACACAACACUCAAGAAGUUAUUGAAAAAACUGGUUCUUUGGAUGAAGAUGAAGCCAUGUAG